AUGGCAACAGAGACAAGGUCUCCACUGACCCUCUUGUCAUCAGAAGCAAGGGCAUCGCCGGUACCGCUUCUGUACCGGAGGCGAUCAAGCCAUGAUGUCAACAACCUAGCCACGGUUUCCAGCAGCCUCUUGCCGGCUUUUGGAACUGUUGUUGGUGAAGGAUCUCUGCAGCUCAGAAAAUACAUUAUUGCCCCAUAUGAUCGUAGAUACCGGUGGUGGCAAACCUUUCUGGUGGUGCUGGUGGUGUAUUCUGCAUGGUCAUCCCCGUUUGAGCUUGCUUUUAAGAAGGUGGGAACUGGGGCUCUCCUGCCCCUUGACUUGGCUGUGGAUGCCAUUUUUGCCAUUGACAUUGUUCUAACCUUCUUUGUGGCCUACCUGGACAAAUCCACCUAUCUCUUGGUAGAUGAUCACAAGAAAAUAGCAGUAAGGUACGUUACACACCUAGGGUUCCCAAUGGACAUAGCCUCAACUUUGCCAUUUCAGACCCUACACAGGAUCUUCAAUGGGAAAUCGCAUGAAAAUCAACUAUUCAGGUUCCUUAACUUGCUUCGACUGUGGCGACUCCGACGUGUUAGUGAAUUAUUCACAAGGUUAGAGAAAGAUACACGCUUCAGUUACUUCUGGGCGAGAUCUUUCAAGCUAAUAUGCGUCACAGCAUUUACAGUACACUCAGCAGGGUGCUUCUACUUCUGGCUAGCCACCCAUUAUAAAACCCCAGCUAACACGUGGAUUGGAGCUCACGUUUCUCAUUUUGAAAAUAGAAGCAUCUGGCUGGGAUACACCUAUUCCAUUUAUUGGUCUAUUGUCACCCUUACAACAGUUGGCUAUGGAGACUUGCAUGCAGAGAAUACGGGAGAAAAGAUUUUCAAUAUCUUCUAUAUGCUAUUCAACAUUGGCCUAACAGCAUAUUUAAUUGGAAAUAUGACCAACCUCGUUGUCCACAGUGCAGUUCAGACCUUUGCAAUGAGGGAUACCAUCAAUGAGGUCUUGCAUUAUGCUAGCAAGAACCGACUUCCAGAAAGGUUAAAAGAGCAAAUGCUGGCACAUGUGCAACUCAAGUUUAAGACAGCAGAGUUACAGCAAGAAGAAGUGCUUGAAGGCCUGCCCAAGGCAAUUAGAUCAAGUAUAACUCAGCAUCUUUUUCAUGGACUUGUGGAGAAGACAUACCUCUUCCAAGGAGUUUCUGAAGACCUUAUCAUCCAGCUGGUGUCCGAUAUGAAAGCAGAAUAUUUUCCACCCAAGGUUGAUAUUAUCUUACAGAAUGAGAUACCUACAGAUUUCUACGUUAUAGCAUCUGGAGCAGUGGAUGUGAUGAUAUACAGAAACGGAACAGAGCAGUUCUUGUCAAAAUUAGGGGCUGGAGACAUGGCAGGAGAAAUAGGGGUACUUUUCAAUAUCCCACAACCUUUUACAGUGAGAACUAAGAGGCUUUCACAAGUCAUUCGGAUUAGUCAUCACAAUUUCAAGGAAAAUGUGCAGCCACACAAAGCAGAUGGAAAGGCAAUCAUCUCAAACCUUAUUCAGUAUCUGAAGGGCUUAAAGAAAGAAAUGCUGGAAGAAAUACCAUCUGUGACAGAACUGUUGGAUGACUUCAAUUCAGAGCAAAUAGCAUCUAUUGAGGGGCCACAACAUGAUGAAACACCAGAUUAUGGUAGAGAUGCAAAUACAAAAGGAACAGCUAGUACUCCAUCAUCAUGUCCACUUCCCCUAAGGAUCAUAAUACAUGGGCAUCAUCCAGAUGAGAAAACAGCAGAUGAUGAUAAAAUGGGAAAAAUCAUCCAUCUUCCUGGCUCUCUAGAAGAUCUUUUGAGUUUAGCAGAAAAGAAGUUUGGCAAAAGAGGAAGCACGGUUCUCGUGGAGGAUGGCUCUGAAGUGGAAGACUUAAGGGCCAUAAGAGAGAAUGACCGCUUAUUCAUCUUUUGAAUCUGCUGAAAUUCAUAUGGAAUGAAACUAAUUCCACCGUGUAUCUCUUCACUAGUUUAAGGAAAUAUAUAUACAAUAAAUCUCCUAAAUAA